CUAUUCCCCCCCCGCGCAUCCAUCCAGUCGACCCUUUCCAGACCUGUCGCAUGAGUGAGCUCUGUCCCUGUUGAUCUGAAUUCGACCGCCACUUGCACCUCAGGGAAUCCCAGAGCGUUGCCAUCAGACAUGGGCGAAAACACCCGAGGAUUAGAUCCUGCGACUACCAGCGGGGCAGCCGCAGGGAGGUCCAAUAUGAAGUCGCCAGGAAAUGGCUCAAAUGUUUUGAACAUCGCAUCCCCGCCCGGGUCAAAAACACCCCCAAGCAUGCCUGCAAAGAAGACCCUUUUCUUCCCGGAACCGCUAGGAAGUCGACAGAAGAACCAGAACGGAUCCGAACCCAUUGAUGCCGAUGCACUUACAAAAGCUUUGAAGGACUACGAAGAUGCCGGUCGUCGCCGGGAAAGGACGCCUGGGACUAGCCCCAGUCGAAAGAGACAAAGGGUUUACGGCGACAGGUUCAUACCCAACCGCGAAGGACAAGACUUGCAGGCAACGUACAGCUUGCUUCAUGAAGAUGGCUGUCCAUCGACGCCAUCGAAAACGAAAAAGCGUGCCCCACACUCAGAGCUACAUUUCCAAAAGACGGAAGAAGCAAACCGGAUGUACUCGCGAGUUUUGCGAAGCGAACUGUUUGGAAAUACUGUCCCACAGGCCGAUUUCGACUCCUUACCAGCCGAUCCUUUGCUUGGUCUUAGUGGCGGUAUCAACGACAAGACUCGUUCACACACACCGCCACAUGUUGUAUCCAAUCUCCCCCCAGCCAGCAUCACACCCUCUACCCCUCACAAAAACCUCUUCACAUACGCCUCACCGCGAGCUGGGUCGGGCCACCCCACCCCCUCUAAAACCCCUCGGAGUCAACAUGGCCCGAAUCUCAACGUCCGAUCAGAACUGUACAGUCUAUCGCCCAUUCGCUACGAUAGCCAACGCAUUCUCGAAACACCCCGCAAACAGCCACGUUAUGUGAAUAAAGUUCCAUACAAAGUACUCGAUGCGCCCGACCUGCAAGAUGAUUUCUAUUUGAACCUUGUCGACUGGGGAAGCAGUAAUGUUUUGGGCGUUGGUUUAGGGAACUCAGUUUAUAUGUGGAAUUCACAUACAGGUCGGGUGACCAAGCUUUGCGAGUUGAAAGACGACACAGUCACCAGUGUCAGCUGGAUUCAACGGGGUACGCAUCUUUCAAUCGGCACAGGUAAAGGUCUGGUGCAGAUCUGGGAUGCCGAACAUUGUCGUCGUCUAAGAACCAUGGUUGGGCAUACCAAUCGUGUGGGAGCUCUUGCGUGGAAUGAUCACAUUUUGACGUCUGGGUCUCGAGACCGCCUCAUCUACCAUCGCGAUGUCCGGUCCCCUGAACAGUAUUUACGUCGGCUAGCUGGCCAUAAGCAAGAGGUUUGUGGCCUCCGAUGGAACACAGAAGACGGUCAAUUAGCAUCGGGCGGAAACGACAAUAAACUCAUGGUGUGGGAUAAACUGAACGAGACACCUUUAUACCGUUUCUCAGACCACACCGCCGCUGUCAAGGCAAUUGCUUGGUCUCCUCAUCAGCACCACCUUCUUGCUUCCGGAGGAGGAACUGCCGACAGAACCAUCAAAUUCUGGAAUACAUCCACUGGAUCUUUGAUCAAAGAGGUUGAUACCGGCAGCCAAGUUUGCAAUCUUGCCUGGUCAAAGAAUUCAGAUGAAAUCAUCAGCACCCAUGGCUACAGCCAGAAUCAGAUUGUCAUAUGGAAGUACCCACGCAUGGAACAGAUUGUUUCUUUGACUGGCCAUACGUUCCGUGUUCUGUAUCUCGCGAUGAGCCCCGAUGGACAAACUGUCGUCACCGGCGCUGGCGACGAAACGCUGAGAUUCUGGAAGAUAUUCAACAAACGAUCUGGGAGAGAACAUGGCCGUGAAGGCAGCAAACUAGCGGAAUGGGGCACCAUUCGAUGAAAGAUGGACAUUGUCCAAUUCGAUUUUGCUAUCCUGCAGCGUUCCUGACUCUCAUCUGGGUCUACGAUGUGCAUUAGACACGGCGUUCUUGGUCUUUGGCGUUGUUUCGUUCUUAGGUGAUAUCCUUUGGACGGUUCAAGGGGGUUUUCAUGUCUUCCACAUUGGCAUCUCUUGCAUUUUUGUUCGUGGGUUUACAGCAUUUUACAGGUGAACACCAGGCGCUCUUCCUUUACUGCAUUCCCCAUUUUAUCGGAUGUUUACUGCAUGUACCCUUUGUGGUUUCUCUUUCUGUUUCUUUCUGUUCUUUUCUCUUCUCCCUUUUGAUUCCCCUCUUCCGAUUCUUCUUGAGCGUUGGUCUCAAGUUAUGCAAAUUC